AUGAGUGUGGGAAAUGUUUUUCAAAUAAGCAAUCAUGACUCAACAUCAGAGAGUUUCACACAGGGGAAAAGCCGUAUUCCUGCCCUGAGUGUGGGAAAUGUUUUUCACAGAAGUCCAAUCUUUACACACAUCAGAGAUCUCACAAAGGGGAAAAGCCGUAUUCCUGUUCUGAGUGCGGACAUCAGAGAUCUCACACGGGGGAGAAGCCAUAUUCCUGUCCUAAGUGCGGGAAAUGUUUUUCAGAGAAGUCCAACCUUUACAAGCAUUAGAGAUCUCACACGGGAGAAGCCCUAUUCCUGUCCUGAGUGCGGGAAAUGUUUUUCACAGAAGUCCACUCUUUACAGACAUCAAAGAUCUCACACGGGAGAGAAGUUAUAUUCUUGUCCUGAGUGCGGAAAUGUUUUUCAGGAGAAGUCCACUCUUCACACACAUCAGAGAUCUCACACAGGGGAAAAGUAUUCCUGCCCUGAGUGCGGGAAAUGUUUUUUUACAGAAGUCCAAUCUUUACACACAUCAGAGAUCUCACACGGGGAAAAAAGCCGUAUUCCUGCCUGA